CAGAUGCUGGAUUCGGGAGAAGGUCCGCCAUUAUUGUGAAGCUGGAAAAUAAAAUAGACUUAUACACACCGUCACACAUCUAGCCUGUAAGGGGCUUACGAUUAGAAAGGAGACUACACCGGUUUCGGACGAUCUGUUGUCCGCUCAAAGUGUCGCUUUGGUAAAGGAAGACAGGGCUUUUAAUCGCGUUUCAUACGGAUUCUUUAUUUUUGACACAACAAAGGAAAUAAUAAUUGGUGAAAACAACGUGGUGGUUGAAUCAAGAAGGGGACAAAAACACGCCGAAACAGCGCUUUUACACCACCUCCCCCGUUCCUCCUCGUUUCCAGCCGCGAGGAAAAGACCGGAGUUUGAACAGCAUUUUUUUUUCUUCUUUUCCUGACGAGCAUUUAGUUUUUUUUUCUCUCUUUUUUUUUUCCCCCCCCUCCCCUCCUCUCCUCUCCAAAAGACAGGGAGAGAGAUACGCAUCUCGUUUCUGAAAACUUCAGCCUGAUGAAAACGAGCACUUAAUGGGGGGGGGGGAGAGAGAGAGAGAGAGGGAGAGAAAGAUAGAGAGAGAGAGAGGAAGCAAUGGACACAUAGCCUGUUAAUUUAAAAGGCGGAAAAUAAUCGAUGUCAGUGCUGGUAGGAAGUGUUUUAAUCUGUUUUUUAAAGUCUUUCGCCCGGCGGUGAGCGGAGGAGCAGCGACAGAAAGAAAGGAGCGGACGAGAGCUGGAGAGAGGGAGGAAUGCUAUGGGCCAGACCCCAGCCCAGUGAGAUCCUCUUGCAUGGAAACCCUCUUUCCCUGGCAGACCUUUCAUCACCCUAGAGCUACUGGCCAGCAUGGCAGGAUGAGCCUCUGCCAGCGAUGAUGAUGGCCAAAAAGCAAGAUGUGCGAGCACCCAUCUACAACCUGGUCGUCAUUGGGCUGUCCGGCACAGAGAAGGAGAAAGGCCAAUGUGGUGUGGGCAAGUCUUUGUGUAACCGCUUUGUCCGGCCAAGUGCAGAAGACUUCCACCUAGACCACACCUCCGUUCUCAGCACCAGUGAUUUUGGAGGCCGUGUGGUGAACAAUGACCACUUCCUGUUUUGGGGAGAGGCUGGCCGGAUGUUGGAGGAGGGGCCCGAAUGCCGUAUGAAUGUGGUGGAGCAGACAGAGUUCAUUGAUGAUCAGACGUUCCAGCCACACCGAAGCACAGCGCUCCAGCCUUACAUCAAGAGGGCAGCUUCUACCAAGCUGGCUUCGGCUGAGAAGCUGAGUGUACUUUUUGCACAGAUCAGCUGGGGCUUGAGCAUGGACUUUGAGCAGAAACAGAUGCCUGAAGGCAAGCUGAUGGUGGAUGGCUUUUUACUCUGUGUGGAUGUUAGCAGGGGUAUGAACCGUAGCUUUGAGGACCAGAUGAAGUUUGUUACCAACCUGUACAACCAGCUUGCAAAAACAAAGAAACCUGUGGUACUGGUUCUCACCAAAUGUGAUGAAGGAGUUGAGCGAUACAUUAAAGACUCGCACACCUUUGCCCUAGCCAAGAAGAACCUACAGGUGGUAGAAACAUCAGCAAGAUCUAAUGUUAAAUGUUGAACCUUGCCUUGUCUUACACUGAUUCAAGCUCAUCGACUAAGGGUAGGGGAAAAACCCAAAAUUAUCCCUUACUUUGAGGCACUGAAACAGCAGAGUCAACAGAUUGCCUCAGCUAAAGACCGCUAUGAGUGGCUGGUCAGCCGACUCGUGAAGAACCACAAUGAGCCAUGGCCCACAGUCAGUCGCCGCAUGCAGUCGUGCACCUGAGUACAAGACUACGUUUUCCUUGAGGGGACAGCGAAAGCCAAGAAGCUCUUCCAGCAACAUGUGCAUAGACUUAAACAAGACCAUAUAGAGAAGCGUAGGAAGGCCUAUCUUAGUACUCUACCACAGGCCCUGGCUGUACUGUUACCAGAGUUGGAUGAGAUAGACCACCUGAGCUGGUCUGGAGUUCAGAAAGUCCUGGAGACAAAGAGAGAUUUCUCCCAAUGGUUUAUAGUGCUGGAUGACACCCCUUGGGAGACCACACCACACAUUGAUAACAUGGAGGAUGAUCGAAUCCCCCAGGACCUCCUGGAGACUCCCGCAGCUGAAGCUAUCUAUGAGACCCACCUGGAGCAGCUAAGGAAUGAGCGCAAGAGGGCCAAGAUGAGAUGGGAGUUCAAGGAGAAGCUAAGUGUCUCUCCUUUCAUCACACCAGGGAAACCCUGGGAGGAGGCCAGAAGCUUCAUCAUGAAUGAAGACUUCUACCAUUGGCUAGAUGAGUCUGAAUAUCUGGAUAUCUACAACAAACACCAGAAGGAAAUUAUUGACCGAGCCAAAGAGGACUUUCAGGAACUGCUUCUUGAAUACUCUGAGCUCUUUUAUGAGCUGGAAGUGGAUGCAAAGCCAAGUAAAGAGAAAAUGGGAGCCAUUCAGGAGGUGUUGGGUGAGGAGCAACGGUUUAAAGCCCUGCAGAAGCUGCAGGCAGAAAGGGAUGCUCUGGUAUUGAAACAUAUCCACUUUGUCUACCACCCUACAAAGGACACGUGUCCCAAUAAUCCCCACUGUGUGGACAGUAAGAUAGAGCAGACACUGGCCUACAGAUUCCCCACACGCUACCCAUCAACAGAUAGUUCAAGACUGGAUUUGGGGAGGGCUGAACGGAUAAAUCUUGUCAUCCUCGGUACAGAUGGGCUAGCCAGAGAGAGCAAUGAGAUAAGGGCCAUGUGCACCAGUGAUGACCGGUACGUGUUAGACGGCAAGAUGUAUGAGUUAGCCCUUCGUCCCAUAGAGGGCAACGUGCGUCUGCCAGUCAAUUCAUUCCACACACCAACCUUUACACCUCAUGGUUGCCUGUGUUUGUACAACUCAAGAAUACCCUCUCUUAUGUUGUUCGAGUGUCUAGAGAAGCCUAGGGAGUCACCAUAAGCAGAAGGGAAAGGGAAAACAGCUUAGCUCAAGUCCCGCUCUCCCCUCCUUGCUGGUCACAAGCGGGGAGUGGGGUCCAUUGGGGAUAUUGGGGGGGAGACAGCUCAGACUCUUAUCCAACAAGGGCAUCAGGUGGGAAAGCUUCAGUGUGCCUUCUUAGACCCCCGCCUCUCCGCAAUGAGCUACGGUCGCAAUGUCAAUGAGAGGCAGAUCAACCAGAUGCUAAAGGGGCCUCUUGGAAUUACGGAGAAGCAAAAGGAGCAGCUCCCCCUCCCUUACCCCCUCCAUCCUCUGCCUUCAGAGACUCACUAGUCCCAGCCAGUGCUAGAGGCAGACCUGAGGAUAGUCAUGUGCCUGAUGUGUGGAGACACGUAUGACAUAGAUCAGCUGCUUGCGCCUUUCCUGUCGCCCCAGCAUUGUCGCCCUGCUGCUAACCUCAGCAGUGGCACCUCGGUUUUGCUGGAUCUUAGUAUAGGAGGUCAGAGGCAGAACAUUGAGCUGUCGCUGCUCUCCUUUCAUUCCUCAUUCUCGCUCCGCAAGACCAAGCUGGUCCAUGGCUACAUUGCAGUUUACUCUGCUCGCCGCAAGGCUUCUAUGGAAACAUUAUGUGCUUUCCUGUGUGAGGUCCAAGACAUCAUCCCAGUUCAGUUGACUGCAGUUGGGGAGAGCCAGAUGGAGCUGUCUGACUCAGAGUCAGCUAAAGAGCAGGUCAGUCAAGGAGAGGAACUGGCCCAUGAAAUAGAUGCCAGGUUCAACACAGUAAUAUGUGGACAUGGUGGGGUAGUAGGGGGGCUUCAUAAGAUAGACCUCUUCCAAUCCUUUCUCAAAGAGGCGGUAGAGAAGAGCACUAUUGUUGAGGCCACACACAUGUAUGAUAAUGUGGCCGAGGCAUGUACCAAUGAGAGCAUCAGCCCUCGCUGUGGCUCUCCUAGUCCAGUUCAUAUUCUUAUGGACUCAGAGGACGAUAUCGAUCCAUCACCACCUUACCCUACCUUGAGGGAGGAUGGCAGCCUCAGUUCCCACCUGGGAAGCUUCAAGCUGCCAGAUCUGGAUUCAAGUGAUACUUUCUCUGUCAUUUCUGAUCUUAGCACCUUUGAGAGCAAGCUGAACAACAAGGUUCCUCCACAAGUGAAGCCCAAGCCUGUUCGUAAGGUGAACCUCGGCCCCUAUAUGGACCAGCAGGGUGGCACCAACCGCCGCUCCUUGCCCCAAGCCGUCACUUGGGCUCCAGGUAGUGAUGGUGGCUAUGACCCCUCCGAUUACGCAGAGCCCAUGGAUGCUGUGAGCAAACCUCGACCCUCAGAAGAGGAGAGCAUUUACUCUGUCCCUCAUGACAGCACACAGGGCAAGAUUAUCACUAUCCGCAAUGCCAACAAGGCCACUCCAACGGGAGUGCUGGGGGAACGUGGUCGGAACAGUGAGGCUGAUAGCAGUUCGCUGGAGCGAAGGAGAAAGUUGUCCGCCAUUGGGGUAAAGCCCAAACUUUACAGAGACAGAUCCAAACGGCUUGGCAAGUUCAGCAGUUUUAGGACUAGCUUCUCUAUAGGCAGUGAUGAUGAAAUGGGGGGUCCACCCAAGGUUAACCAGGAUGAGGUCGGAGCCCAAAAAGACAACUCUGUCGAAGAGAGUGAGGAUCCCAAAAGAAGAAAUAUUCUUAAGAGCCUGCGAAGAAAUACAAAGAAACCGCGAGCCAAACCCAGGCAUUCCAUCUCGAAACCCCACGAGAGCAACUACUUUGGUCUGCAACUGGCCACCGUGGUCACUCCUGAGAGGCCAAUCCCAGUCUUCAUUGAGAAGUGCAUCCGUUUCAUUGAGACGACAGGGUUGAGCACAGAGGGCCUCUACAGGGUCAGCGGGAACAAGGCAGAGAUGGAGAGCAUGCAGCGGCAAUUUGACCAAGACCACAACCUGGACCUGGUGGAGAAAGACUUCACCAUGAAUACAGUAGCCGGAGCCAUGAAGGCCUUCUUCUCUGAGCUACCUGAGCCUCUGGUGCCCUACAACAUGCAGGGAGACCUGGUGGAGGCCUUCAAGAUCAAUGAUAGGGAGCAGCGCUUCCAGACUAUGAAGGACAUUCUGCGCUGUUUCCCCAAAGAGAACUACGAGGUCUUCAAAUAUGUCAACAGCCACUUGAACAAGGUGAACCAGAACAACAAAUUGAACCUAAUGACCAGUGAGAACCUGUCCAUCUGUUUCUGGCCCACACUGAUGAGACCAGACUUUACCACUAUGGACGCCCUGACUGCCACCCGCACCUACCAGACAAUCAUCGAGAGCUUCAUCCACCAGUGUGCAUACUUCUUCUACAAUCAACCGCUGGCCGACGGCCUCCCCGGCUCCCCCACCUCUACGCUCUCCUCCGGGGGAGGAACUUCUGCCUACUCCUGCAUGGCUGGAGGCUACUCAUCCUCGCCGACUCCGUCCCCGACUCCCUAUGUCCUCCCAGCCACCCCUCCAGUCAUUCCACACUACGGCCCUCCAAUCCACCACCACCACCACCACCACCUCCAUCACCUCCACCAACAUCAGUCCCCACCCCACUCCCCACCUCCUACUCCCCAGUCCCCCAUCCCAGCCCUGCUGCCGCCCUCCCUACACCCCCAUCACCCCCCUACGGAACAACACACGCUGUGAACCAGGGAUCAAGGGAAAGAGGGGGAAGAAGAAAAAAGAAGAAGACGACAGAUAACAAGAUUUAAGGGUUUAGAAUAAGCGAUUUUUGAAGUUUGGGAAGGAAUUGAAGAAUAAAAAUGUAAACGAGAACCGGAGGUAGGAAGACAAGUUGGGAGAGAUUGAGUGAGAUGCAGUAUGUACAGGGAGAAACCUUUUUGUGUUUGGGAGAAGAAGAGGUCGUUUGACCCUCUGCUAAUUUUAGAAAACUGGACAUGCACACAAGGCGGAGAAGGGGAACACCGAAGAGCCUCUGAACUGGCAAUAUCAACUUUCUACCCCCUCGCCACUUCAUCCCUUUGUCUCUCAGUGUCACUUCACCUGGACCUGCCCUCCUCGCCUUACAGAGAAGUUACACACAAACACACUAAUGAGUGCGAUGUUGCCAGUAACUGUUAAAGGGACUCUGAAGUAAAGAGGAAAUGGGAAUGUGAACUCGGCCAUGUUGGGAUUGCGUCACCACACACACAAACACACUCACUUGACACAAACACCCAGUGGCUAAUGUGCCUCCAACAACGAUUCUCCUCAUUCCCUAAGUCUCUAGCUGUCCUGGGAAUUGUUGUGGUCAGCGCAUGUUUUUUGCAAUCCGCCCACCACUGUACGUACCUGGGAGGCUGUGGCUGUGACGAGGUGUAGCAGAGAGCAAGUCCUUAACACAUGUUUGUUUAUUUUGCCACUGUACAGAGGACUGAGGCAAGAAACGUGUGUUACUACUCACCCGACAGGAUGUUCUGUCCUCUGCGACACACACAUUCCUAUCUAUCAACCCCUCAUACGGAUGAACACACACGCACACACAAAAAUCUGUUUCAGUUGAGGCGGUGUGCCAAGCACAGAAAGAAAAUCUCAACAGACCGGAUCUACUAGGCAGCAAAUUGGAGCAGUGGAUUAUGGGAACUCUUGCACCCGCUGCAUUCUGGGAAGCCUCCUCCCAGUCUCCUGUUUGGUUUCUCUCUCUCUCUUGGUUUGAACUUCAACCUCAUGCACCGUCUUUGUAAACACAUGAAGAAAACGGUUUAAAAAGUGGAUGUAUUGAUGGUCUAAAUCUUGCUUCUACAUUCCCAACGCCUGUUUUAUUUUGGCCUUCAUUUGACAAAAUCGUGGGAUGGGGCCUGUCACUCAAUGUUUGGCCUUGUGUGUAAGUGUCUGUGUGAGAGUCUACCAGUCUGUGUGCGCAUGUAUCCAUGCCUUUUUUUGUUUUACGUGAAUUUCCCUGUAUUAGGCAGAUAGUGGGAAUAAUUCCAGUGUCGGACCUUCACCUGUCAUGUUGCUUCUUUCACGCUGUGGUGGUUUUACGAGCGAGUCGGUUCUGCAGUUUCCACAUUAAGGACCUUGUUCAAAAAGCACUUUUCUGAGCACUUUGAAGGCACAUUUUAAAUUGGAGCUGCCUUGACAUGACAACCUUCACUUUAUUGUCAGUCCAACCUACUCUCACUCCCUGGGAGCACACCACUGACAUCUAUAGGAAGAAAUGAGUAUUGCAGCCAUAACCUGACUUCCACUACUGCAUGGGCGUAGCACCAUUUUCCUUCUGUGGUUUGUGUAGUGUCAGAUUCUCUUAUAGGUGCAAUUGUUUAGAUUUUUCAUCACUGUCACCUAAAAUUAACUUUUAGAGCUCAUAAAGUGUAAGAGUGUAAAUUAAAAAAAUGAUCAGCAGUUUCGAUCUGAUACAAAUCAUUUGCAUUUAUAUAGAUUCAGGCUGUACUCGUGCAGUUGAUGAGAGAUGCAGUGAAUAACAUUUCCUCUGUCUUUUGUUGUUAGUUUACACUUCAUAAAGCACUCAGUCCUUAGUAAAGGAGUGCAGGCCAGAUGCCAGGUGUGAGUGGUAGGCUAUAAAGACUUUGGAGAUUGAGGCAAAAUUUAGCACUACGGCCCAGAAAGUAAGAGCUGGAAGUGAGGCUCAAGCUUUGACAGGUGGGAGGGCUUUUUAUUGUUGGAAAUAAUUGGUAACUACUAUUCCAUGCCUCAGCAUGCUGUCCCCUUAGGAAACAGCAUCACACCUCUGAAAGGGAGACUCAAACGUGCUCUCUGUGCACUCAAAAUAUAAUUUGCAAGAGUGUCACCACUACAGCCUCCCGCCGCUGUCACUGUUGUACCACCACUUCCCCAUUCCUAGUCCAAGAGAGACACUCGGGUCUGGAAGAGACAGCGGACAGAACAGACGGUCCAUUCAUCCGUCUGCAUGACUGGAGCGGAGCAUCGCAGAAUUUCUUGGCCCAGUCUGCUGUUACCGUAGAAACCAGUGAGAUGGGAUUUAAGGAUAAUUGCUGAGUCUUGAUUGAAGCAGCUUAUGAAGUGUGUGUGUGUGUGUGUGUGUGUGUGUGAGAGAGAGAGAGCGAGAAGGUGUGCAUGUGAACCUAUGCGUGUUAAUGUUAAGCAGAUGCUCACCAAGGUCACUUAUUCUGUUUGACACUGACUUGCAUGUCUCUCCAGACUGUCCUCUGCCCAAAUGGAGAAGAAAGAAAGUUGAACCAAUCACUGAACUCUUAAAGGAGCUUUUAUAAGUCAAGACUACCUAGUUGCCGUGUGUGUGUGUGUGUAAUUAGGGGAUAGAGGAAUUAAGAAUGUGUGUUUGGUCAAGUGGGUUCACGCGAACAUGCGAGCACACUGUGCUUGGCAGGCGGCCAGACACCCGUGUGAUCCAAAUAAACGUGAAGGAGAGGAAUGCAGUUCUCCUCGCGGUCAUUGCCCCGCUGUGUAACCCUGUUAGCUCGUCCAGAUGACACACACUGAUCCUCAGAGAGAGAGAGUGUGAGAGAGAUGGAGGGUGGAAGACGGGCAGCAAACGGGUGAAUGGGAUCAUUAUUUGGGAGACGGAGGGAGGAAGGAGGGGUGACCACUGGUACGUGUGUGUGCGUGUGUGUGUGUGUGUGUGUGUGUGUGUGUGUACGCUGGCCAGUGGCGUUCCCUGUGUAUAUCAAUGUGUUAAUACUGAACUGACUGUGAGGCAGCCAAAGACUGUGGAAAAAAGGGUUGAGGGAGAGAUAGUAAGCAAAGUGACGGUUUAGAAGAACAAUUUAAUUAAAAAUGUGACUUUGGUUCAGCGGUAUGUGGCUGUGUUGCUUUUGUUUUCUUUUGUUUUGCAACAAUGGUGACAGCUGUCUGUUAAGUUAAAAUGAGAAACAAGCAAAACUAUAUUCAAAUGGUUGUUUAUUGGUAUGUUAGGGGGUCUAACACAUUGCCCUUUAGUCAGUGGUGAUAGAAAAAAAACUUUCUUUUUUUUGUUUUAUUUUAAUAAUUAAAAAAUACAAAGCAUUUUUUAACAAUUUCUUUGUGAACAAUUGAGAGAGCAGCCCAGUAUAGUGCAUGAUUUCUUCCCAAACAAGGAAGAGGGCUCUACCACUCUCACUAUUUAAGAGAUGAUACAAAAAAUAUAAAUAAAUAAUGAGGGGGGGAGGGAAGAAAAUAAUAAAAAAAAUAAAGUACUGUAAAGUGAAAAAAGAUAACAUCAAACAAAAAAACUGUCAUUAUUUGCUGAGUAUGGUAAUUUGUCUCAAUGGGAAUGGUGUAUACAGCAAGGCCUUAUGUGAUCUGUAUCAUAGUUAAUAAAUCAAA